CCCACCCCCGUGAGCCGCGGGGGCCUCUGGGAAGUGUUGUCCGGCGUCUAACGGACCGAGGCUCGUGCUGCCCUCAGUCACAGCCGACGCUGACCUUACAGGAGCCUCCGACUCAGCCCGCAGGGGUUGUGCCACUUGGGCGGCAUUGAGUUGUGGGAUUGGGCCUGUAUCCGCGGGCUCCUUGGUGAGUCCUCGGGAGGCCUCGCGCUCUGAGCCCUGGACCCUUUGUGCUGGUUGGGAGUAGGGGCCUGCGGACCCCGUGCCUGCGUGCUGGAGGAGGAUGCCGUCAGGGCUGUGCAGAUUCUUCAGGUACUAAUUCAUUUAUCCAUCAGCACUCCCUUUAUUGAAUGCUGUCUAUGUGAAAGGAAUAAUUCUAGAUGCUUGGGAUAUAGCACUGAACAAAAGAGAAACUCUCUGCUGUCAUGGUACUUACAUUGUCGUGGACCAGAUAAUAAGCUCUGCCUUUUUAAGCCCUCUCCAUUACCAGACAGAAGAGGAAAUGACUGAGUCCCAGGGGACAGUGACAUUCAGAGAUGUGGCUAUUGACUUCACCCAGGAAGAGUGGCAACAGUUGGAUCUUGCUCAAAGGAACCUGUACCGGAAUGUGAUGCUAGAAAACUACAACAACUUAAUCACAGUGGGCUGUCCAUUCACCAAACCUGAUGUGAUUUUCAAGUUGGAGCAAGAAGAAGAACCUUGGGUGGUGGAGGAAGAAGUGUUAAGGAGACACUGUCCAGGAGAAGUAUGGGGAAUUGAUGAGCGUCAGAAAAUCCAGGACAGACUUUUGACACAAUUUGAAGAUAAAUUCACAAAAACACUGACUGAAGAAAAAGUCAUUGAAUGUCAUAAGAAAUUUGCCAAUGCAUUUCCUCUUAACUUGGACUUUUUUCCUUCCAGUCACAAUCUCUAUGAAUAUGACUUAUUUGGAAAGUGUUUAGAACAUAAUAAUUUUGACUGUCAUAAUAGUGAUAGAAUCUUUAUAAGAAAGGAACAUUCUGAAUAUAAUGAACCUAUGAAAUCAUUUGUCAUUAAUCCAUCCCAUCUUGUAGUAACCCCCUUUAAAUGUAAUCACUGUGGGAAAGGAUUCAGUCAAACUUUGGACCUCAUCAGACACCUCAGAAUUCAUACUGGAGAGAAACCCUAUGAAUGUAAAAACUGUAGAAAAGCCUUCAGCCACAAGGAAAAACUCAUUAAACAUCAUAAAACUCAUAGUAGGGAGCAGUCUUAUGAAUGUAAUGAAUGUGGGAAAGCUUUCAUUAAAAUGUCAAAUCUCAUUAGGCAUCAAAGAAUUCAUACUGGGGAGAAACCCUAUGCAUGUAAGGAAUGUGGGAAAUCCUUCAGCCAGAAAUCCAAUCUCAUUGAUCAUGAAAAAAUUCAUACUGGAGAGAAACCUUAUGAAUGUAAUGAGUGUGGGAAAGCAUUCAGUCAGAAGCAAAGCCUCACUGCACAUCAGAAAGUUCAUACUGGGGAGAAACCUUAUGCAUGUAAUGAAUGUGGUAAAGCCUUCCCUCGAAUUGCAUCCCUUGCUCUUCACAUGAGAAGUCAUACAGGAGAAAAACCUUAUAAAUGUGAUAAAUGUGGAAAAGCUUUCUCUCAAUUUUCCAUGCUUAUUAUACAUGUAAGAAUUCAUACGGGUGAGAAACCCUAUGAAUGUAAUGAAUGUGGAAAAUCCUUCUCUCAAAGUUCAGCCCUUACUGUACAUAUGAGAAGUCAUACUGGUGAAAAACCUUAUGAGUGUAAGGAAUGUAGAAAAGCCUUCAGCCACAAGAAAAACUUCAUUACACACCAGAAGAUUCAUACUAGAGAGAAACCUUAUGAAUGUAAUGAAUGUGGGAAAGCUUUCAUUCAAAUGUCAAAUCUCGUUAGACACCAGAGAAUUCACACUGGAGAAAAACCGUACAUAUGUAAGGAAUGUGGCAAAGCCUUUAGCCAGAAAUCAAAUCUCAUUGCACAUGAAAAAAUUCAUUCUGGAGAGAAACCCUAUGAAUGUAAUGAAUGUGGUAAAGCCUUCAGCCAAAAGCAAAACUUUAUUACACAUCAGAAAGUUCACACUGGAGAGAAACCUUAUGAUUGUAAUGAAUGUGGUAAAGCCUUUUCUCAAAUUGCAUCCCUGACUCUUCAUCUGAGAAGUCACACAGGAGAAAAGCCUUAUGAAUGUGAUAAGUGUGGGAAAGCCUUCUCUCAGUGCUCAUUGCUCAACUUACAUAUGAGGAGUCAUACUGGUGAGAAGCCCUAUGUAUGUAAUGAAUGUGGAAAAGCUUUCUCUCAAAGAACUUCUCUUAUUGUGCACAUGAGAGGCCAUACAGGUGAGAAACCCUAUGAAUGUAAUAAAUGUGGAAAAGCUUUUAGCAGCUGCUCAAAACUUACUGGACAUCAGAGAAUUCAUAAUGGAGACAAACUCUAUGAAUGUAAUGAGUGUAGGAAAGCUUUCCACCACCCCUCAAAUCUCAUUCGACAUCAGAGAAUUCAUACUGGAGAAAGACCCUAUGAAUGUAAGGAAUGUGGAAAGGCUUUUAGUCGUGGCUCACACCUUACUCUACACCAGAGAAUUCAUACUGGAGAGAAACCCUAUGAAUGCAAAGAAUGUAGAAAAGCUUUCAGUUACCACUCAUCCCUCAUUCGGCAUGAAAAAACACAUACUAAAGAAAAACACUAUGAAUGUAAAGAAUGUGGGAAGGCUUUUAGCAACACUUCAAUUCUUAAGGGACAUCAGAGAGUUCACAGUGGAGAAAGACCCUAUGAAUGUGGUGAAUGUGGGAAAUCCUUCCAUCACCACUCAAUCCUUAUUCAACAUCAGAGAAUUCACACUGGAGAAAGACCAUAUGAAUGUAACAAUUGUAAUAAAGCCUUCCGUUACCACUCAAAUCUUAUCGGACAUCAGAAAAUUCAUUUAAGAGCAAAACUCUUUGAAUGUAAGGAAUGUAGACAGUCCUUUAGUCAUAACAGGGAACUCGCACACCAUCAACGAAUUCAUACUGGUGAAAAGCUUUAUGAAUAUAAGGAAUGUGGCAAAUCUUUUGGUCAAGGAUCACAACUUAUUCAUCAUCAGAUAAUUCAUACUGGUGAGAAACCCUAUGAAUGUAAAGAAUGUGGGAAAGCCUUUAUCCGUGGUUCAUCACCCUCUCAACAUCAAAAAAUUCAUACUGGGGAGAAAUCUUACGAAUGUGCUGAAUUUGGAAAGAUCUUCACCCAGAAGUCACAGCUCAGGGUACAUAUGAAAGUUCAUACAGGAGAAAAACUCUAUGUGUGCAUUGACUGUGGGAAAGCUUUUGUAAAGAAGCCAGAAUUCAUUAUACAUCAGAGAACCCAUACUAGAGAGAAGCCCUAUAAGUGCAGUGAAUGUGGAAAAGCUUUUUUCCAAGUAUCUUCUCUCUUAAGGCAUCAAAGAAUUCAUACUGGAGAAAAACUUUAUGAAUGCAGUGAAUGUGGAAAAGGCUUCUCUUACAACUCUGAUCUCAGUAUACACCAGAAAAUUCAUACUGGAGAGAGACACCAUGAAUGCAGUGAUUGUGGCAAAGCAUUUACACAAAAGUCCACGCUCAAGAUGCAUCAGAAGAUUCACACAGGUGAGAGAUCUUAUAUAUGUAUUGAAUGUGGACAGGCCUUCAUACAGAAGACACACUUGAUUGCACACCGAAGAAUCCAUACUGGAGAAAAACCAUAUGAAUGCAAUAACUGUGGGAAGUCCUUCAUUUCUAAGUCACAACUCCAGGUACAUCAACGAAUUCACACAAGAAUGAAACCCUUUAUAUAUACUGAAUAUGGGAAGAUCUUCAACAAUAGUUCCAAUCUCAUUACACAUAAGAAAGUUCAAAUUAGAGAGAAAUCGUCCAUAUGUACUGAAUGUGGUAAGGCCUUUACGUACAGGUCAGAACUGAUUAUACAUCAGAGAAUUCACACUGGGGAAAAACCUUAUGAAUGCAGUGAUUGUGGAAAAGCCUUUACUCAGAAGUCAGCACUCACAGUGCAUCAGAGAAUUCAUACAGGAGAAAAAUCUUACGUAUGCAUGAAAUGUGGACUAGCCUUUAUCCAGAAGGCUCACUUGAUUGCACAUCAAAUAAUUCAUACUGGAGAGAAACCUUAUAAAUGUGGCCACUGUGGGAAAUCCUUUACUUCCAAGUCACAACUCCAUGUACAUAAACGAAUUCACACAGGAGAGAAGCCUUAUAUGUGCGCUAAAUGUGGGAAGGCAUUCACCAACAGGUCAAAUCUCAUUACACAUCAGAAAACUCAUACAGGGGAGAAAUCCUAUAUAUGUCCUAAAUGUGGAAAGGCCUUCACACAAAGGUCAGAUUUGAUUACACACCAGAGAAUUCAUACUGGAGAAAAACCUUAUGAAUGUGGUACCUGUGGAAAAGCCUUUACCCAAAAGUCACACCUCAAUAUACACCAGAAAAUUCAUACCGGAGAAAGACAGUAUGAAUGCCAUGAAUGUGGGAAAGCCUUCAACCAGAAAUCCAUACUUAUUGUGCAUCAGAAAAUUCAUACAGGAGAGAAACCUUAUGUAUGCGGUGAGUGUGGUAGAGCUUUCAUCCGGAAGUCAAACUUCAUUACUCAUCAGAGGAUUCAUACUGGAGAGAAACCUUAUGAAUGCAGUGAUUGUGGGAAAUCCUUCACGUCCAAAUCUCAGCUCCUGGUGCAUCAACCAAUUCACACAGGAGAAAAACCAUAUGUGUGUGCUGUGUGUGGGAAAGCCUUUAGUGGCAGAUCAAAUCUCAGUAAACACCAAAAAACCCAUACAGGAGAAAAGCCCUACAUCUGUUCUGAAUGUGGGAAGACCUUCAGACAGAAGUCAGAGUUGAUUAUACAUCAUAGAAUCCACACUGGAGAGAAGCCUUAUGAAUGCAGUGACUGUGGCAAAUCUUUCACUAAGAAAUCACAACUCCAAGUGCAUCAGCGAAUUCACACAGGAGAAAAGCCUUAUGUCUGUGCUGAGUGUGGGAAGGCUUUCACAGACAGGUCAAAUUUGAAUAAACAUCAGACAACACACACUGGAGACAAACCCUAUAAGUGUGUAGUCUGUGGGAAAGGCUUCGUCCAGAAAUCUGUGCUCAAUGUCCAUCAGAGUAUUCACACUUGAGAAGAACAGUGUGAGAAAAUCUCAGUGAGAUCAGGUCUGAUUGUAUAUCAUUAAAUUUGUGAGCAGAAAAAUAUGCAUAUUAUAAGUAGAAAUACCCCAUCAAAGUGUCUCACAUUAUAGUAAAGAAUAGGGCCCUGAAUGAAGGGGGCCCUUCCCACAUUAACACCACCUUCAUUAAACCUUGAAGUGUUCAUACUAGGAAAAUGGAUAGAAGGCUUCUCAUAAAUAUAUGAUGGGACAUUGUUACCAGAUUCUGCAUAGGAGAGGUUAUAUUAAGUCAUGUUAAUGAUAAUCCUGUUUACUGUGGAAUAGGCAGAUUACCAACGGGUUGAAUGGUACAACAACAUAAUGUAUAUGAUAGUGACAGAUCCUAAGUUCUGUGAGAUGUUUGCUGCAGAACACAUUAUCUAACACCGUUUGGGGUGUUUUCUCAUUCUUCUGCUGAAUCUAACAUGGUUGUGUGUGUCCGGUCCCCCAUUGAGUAUUUCCAUCAAGAAAGAGAUAACUCAGUAAAAAAGUUCUUUAUGUAUGCAGACACAAACCUCCGAGUGUAUGUUGACCCAUUAUCCUCUAGCAUCAUGACUUGUAAUCCCACCCCUUAUCAUCUCUACCACUAAAGUGUAUUUGACCCUCAUUAGUUCCUAGAAUAUUGUCUUCUGACACCCACAUAAUUGCAUUAGUGCUAAAUACUAAUGUCUGCUGACUGCCAUUAUCUCAUUUAGCUCCCAACAUAGUGUUUUGUGAACCUCCACUACCCUCAGGAAAGCUGAAAAGAAUUUUCAGGUCAUUUGGUCAACUUUUCAUCUCCAUCUCCCUUUUGCUGUCAUAGUUCUUCCAGCUUAUUUGUCUGCCUUAAUGCCCUGACAUUUAUAAUAAUAACAAAUUAGAAACUCAUAUUAAAACACACCUCAACAUUUGUUCAAGUCUUCUCUGUGUCCCAUCUUUAUGCCAUGGACUCCACAAGCACCUUCUCCCCAUAUGCCUCAAACACAUCAGUUCAGGUCCUGCCUCAGAGCCUUUGCAUCUACAGCACUCAUAUCUGUGUGGUUAGCUCCUUCAUGUCUUCCAAUGGCACCUCUUCACAGAGGCUUUCCCUGUGCUUUCCUGCCUGGUUUAAAAUUUUGACCCUCUCCCCUCUAUCCUUUAUCCUUCUCCAUAGCACUUAUUGCCACGAUGCCCUGUAUAUUUUACUUGUCUCUGGCUCCUACGUUAUAAUGUUUUUCUGUUUUGUUCACCACUGUGAACCUUGACCCGUGCCUGACAACAACAGACAUUCCAUGAAUGCACACUGUGAAGUGUUGACCCUGCUCAUCACAACUUUCCUUUAAUCUUUUCUGUAUUGCAGCAUACGAUGCUGCAAUGGGGAGAACCAACUUGCCUAAAACACCAGGCUUUUUCAGCUUGUUUUUAUCUGGCCUCUGCCUCCUUUCCCCAAAGCUGAAACAUUAUUAUAAACCUUUUGCCUGAUGCCAGCCAAUUUAAAGAAGGGAAAAGUGAGACAGGAAAUCCCACAUAGAUGCUUAGUGUUCAGGAUUUCCUACCAUGAUUGUGAAAUUCGCAGCUCCAAAUACCCCACCCCAGACCCUCACCUACAGACCCACUCCUCAUGUCCCGACAGGACCACAGCUCUAAUAGUAUGAAGAGGCUGAGAGCAAACAGGGCAGACCUUCCUGGGAAGUUAGGUGUCUGACCCAAGACUGGCAGCAGUGGUCUCUCAAAUAUGCAGGCACAGGGUCUGACUGAACACUCAGCUGUUGGGCAGCCAAAUUGGAAAGAGCAGAAUGGUUCCUCCAGGUCAGUCCACUGGUAACAACUGGGAGUGGCAAGUAAUGGGGUUGUGCAAGGUGCUGUUGCCUUUGUGAACAACAGCACUGUGGUUGAGGAUGGGGACAGAACCUUGUCAGGGGGCAAGGCUGGGAAUACUCCUGAACCCUCUCACCCAAAUUUGGUAGUGCCAUUACUCCACCUUGGAUGGAUGUCUGAUCCAUCACUAACUCCCUUCAUCUCACCCUUUGACAGUAUCUGAUGAUCCACCUUACUCUUAUUCCUAUCUUAGAACAAUGUAUGGUAGGUGAUCCACUGUUAACCCCCUUUAUCUCAUUCAGUACUGUAUCUGGGGCUUCACUAAAUGUCUUGCAACCCACCAUUAUGCCUCAAUUUAUGACAGUGUUUGCUGACCCCCUCAAGAGAGUGUCUGAAGGACACCCCCCUACUUCUUACCCCACUGCAGCACAGUAUUUGUACACCCGUUAUCCCUCUUUCACUCAGUACUACGUUUAUCACCCCUCCUUAAUUCCAGGAAAUAGUCCUGGAGAUGUCAUUACCUCCUCCACAACUAACCUCCAGCAUGAUGUCUGUCACUUCACUUGUGACAAAGCCUAGUAAUCUCCAUAUUCCCCAUUUAUUCCCACUUUUCACGUAAGUAGUAACUGAUGACCACUUCCUACAAUCUUCAGAAUAGGAAACUGUGAUAUACCCCACCUAAUCCAACUAUUAAUAAUAUCUUCUGAUACUUUUACUACACUUCUAGUAGGAUGCUUUGUGAUCCCCCUUCAUUACUUGUCCAUUGCAACAACGGUGACUAAUGAUCUCCCAUUUCCCCAUCUAGCAGUGUUUGUAACUGUCCCCAACCCAGCAUGUGGUGAUGCCCUCAAUACCUUCUCUGAACACUGGUGUCAUUAACCUGCUUCCCUCCACACAAGUAAGGGCAAUGACUGAUAAUGCACCAUAAACUCCACAUUAUCCAUCUGCAUUUUGGAGCCUCCACUAUCCCCCUCUAUAGUACCUACAUUAAUAACCAGCAAAAAGUCUGCUGAUGUCCAUUACCUAUUAAGAGUGUCUGUGAACCUUCCAUUAAACCUUCCAUUAAAUCCUGGUAGUUUGCUUUUCCCCAUUGGUCUCCAUUAACAUAAUGCUAGUUCCCCAUUGCCCAUAUUGCUUCAUGAGGCCCCUGUGUGACUACUGCCAAGUUCUCCAGCAUUGCUUCUCCACAUCCCCACUGUUUACAUGGAUGAGAAACCUGGAAGAGAGAGAAGGGAUGAGGAUGAGGUCCUCGCCUCAUAGGCCCCUCUGGGGAAUUAGUGACCCAGAGUGGGCUGGGGAGGAUCUGAGGGGCCCAGGAGACCACCAGCUGGGAUUCCCAUGAUGCAACCAGAAUAGAGAAAGCUGUGGAUGUGGAUUCAAAUCCUGGUGCCAACACUGAUCUGCUGAGGAUUCUGGGCCAGUCCAGCAAACCUUCCCCCUGAGCCUCAAUUGCCUCACCUGUAAAAUGGAAUUACUGAGAAUGAAGUGACUUAAUCAGGGCUGAAUAAGUGAGCAGGGCUAGUGGUUACCAAUUAGGGUAUCCUGUUGUUGUUAAUAUCAUUACUAUUUAUAAAUGGACACAGCAUCUGACCAACAUCUGCAUGACGGUGCCCAAACCUCACAGAGGGAAACAUGUUAUUUUUUUUGUCAAUUAAUUCAAAUUAUUUCUCUUUUAUAUGUAUUAUGAUAUUAUAGUACUGAGAUAUUUUUAAAGUCAGAUUUAUUGAGGUGUGGAUAAUCACCCUUUUUAGUGUAGAAUCCUGAGAGUUUUGACAAAUGACAAUUAUGUAAUUAACACCACAGUCAAGACAGAACAUUUCCUUCACUCCCCCAGCAUUCCUUCCUAUCCCUUUUUAGGCAGUCUCCCUACUUCCAGCCUCUUGCAGUCACUAAUUUGAUCUGUUUCUGGUCUCUAUAGUUUUGCCUUUUCCACGGUGUUACAGAAAUAUAUGGGUAUCUGUAUGUACAUAUGUAUGUAUCCUUUUGAGUCUGACAUCUUUCAUUUUGUGAUGUAUUUGAGAUUCAUCCACAUGGUUGUAUGAGAUACAGGUGAAAAUAAGCUGAUGAUAAGAUGCUCAACAUCAUUAGGAAAAUGCAAAUUAAGACCGUGAUGCGAUACUACUACACGCUUAGAAUGGCUUAAAAUAAUUUUUUUUUUAAAUAGUACCAAAAGUUGUCAUGGAUGCAGAGCAAUGGACACUUUAAUGCGUUACUGUUGGGAAGGUAAAAUGAUAUAUCCACUCUGGACAAAAAUUUGGCAGGUUCUUAUAAAAUUAACCAUAUACCAUAUACUAUGAACCAGCAGUUCUGCUCCUCGGUAUUUAACCUAGAGAAAUGAAAAAUUAUAUAUGGAUUCAAAUGUUGACAGAAACUAUAUUCACUUGCCAAAAGAUUGGAAACAACCCAAAUGUAGUGGGUGAAUAAUUCAAUAAGUUGUAGGACAUACAAUGAGAUACUACUUACACAUAAGAAGGAAUAAUUUAUUGACACAAGUUACAAUAUGGAUGAAUCUCAAAAAAGUAUGUUUUACCAUGUGAUAAUUUAAAUUAUAUUUGAUAAAAGAUUAUUAGAUAUUAGAUUAUAAAUAUAGGUUUGUAUAAUUUUAUAUGUGCAUAUUACUAUUAUAGUAAUGUAUAUUUACAAUAUAUAGCACAUUAUAUUUAUUGUAUAUUAAAAUGUUUAUUUAUAUAAUAUCUAAUAUGUAUGAUUACUGAAUUAUGUAACUUUUAUAUCAGACUUUCACACUUCAGUUAUUUAUAUUUUUACAUGUUUACAUUUAAUGUUUAUAGUGUAAAGUUAUAACUAUAAUAAAAGGGGCAUACGGUCUGGAGAGCCUGCA